AUGGAAUCUUCCAUCCCUUCUGAAGCCAGCGCAGUACAUCUAGCCAAGUCCAAAACGACAAGAGAUAUCGGGGAAGGCGCGGCGCUUCGUCGCGGGUCACGACCACGACGAAGAAGUGCCUCUGUUGACGUUGAAAAGUUCAAGGAGCUUGAAGUUGCCGAGGACGAGGAUCCAGAGCUUCGCGAUGAGCGCGGCUACAGGGGCAUACGGGCUUUCAAUGUCAGCCAGCUUCUCACCCUAGCUUAUAAGUCUGUGGGUGUCAUUUACGGAGACAUCAGCACAUCCCCCCUUUAUGUGUUUUCCUCCACGUUCACCGAGCCUCCCAAACGUAUGGACCUUCUAGGAGCCGUAUCUUUGAUCAUAUGGUCACUUACUAUUAUCGUAACGUUCAAGUAUGUUUUGCUCGUCCUGAGAGCAGAUAAUGAUGGUGAGGGUGGAUCGUUCAGCACGUAUGCUCUGUUAUCUCGAUAUGCAAACAUCUCCCAGAGAGAUCCCCGCGAGGCAAGUAUGGUCCGGACCUCUCGAGUACUUUUCAGCCGCUCGACGAAACAUGUACGAUCAACUAUCGAGAAGACCAGAUUUUUCCGAGGCCUUUUGCAGAUAAUUGGAGUCCUGGCUGUGUCUAUGAUCAUCGCUGAUGGAGUCUUGACACCCGCUCAGUCGGUACUUGCCGCCGUUCAGGGUUUAGAGGUUGCCAGUGAUGAUGUAUCAAGAUCGACCAUAAUCGGUGUCACUUGUGCUAUCCUUGUUUUACUAUUCUUAGCGCAACCUUUCGGCACGUCUAGGUUUUCGGUUGUGUUCACUCCCAUUGUUUCGGUAUGGUUAGCACUCAACGCGGGUUUUGGUAUCUAUAACCUAACAAGAUAUGAUCAUGGAAUGUUGAAAGCCUUCAACCCCUACUAUGCAUUCGAUUUCCUCAUACGGAACGGUCAUCAUGGGUGGCGGAGCUUAGGCGGCAUUCUCUUAUGCUUCACGGGUGUCGAAGUCCUUUUCGCAGGCAUUGGUCCCUUCAGUCGUCAAGCUAUUCAAGUCAGCUGGAUUGGCUAUGUAUAUCCAUGUCUUCUACUUGCUUAUGUUGGCCAAGGAGCCUACAUCAGCCAACAUCCAGAGGCUUACAUUAAUCCGUUCUACAACUGCGCCCCCCUUGGCUGGCUGAUCCCAUCAUUAGUGAUUGCUAUUGGCGCUGCAGCUGUCGCUUCGCAGACCAUGAUCACGGCAACUUUUCAGCUCUUGACGCAAAUCAUGAAGUUGUCGUACUUCCCGCAGAUACAGGUCGUACACACAUCGAAAACCUACUACGGCCAGGUUUAUGUUCCGCUGGCAAACUGGCUGCUCAUGGUGGGAACAGUGCUCGUUGCAGCAAUUUACAACAACAGCGCGUCUCUCGGCAAUGCUUACGGCGUCUGUGUCAUGUUCGUCACCUUCUUCGAUACAUGUCUGGUCACUCUUGUUGCAAUUCUCGUCUGGCGCGUUAAGCCUUAUUAUGUCUUCCUGCCCUGGCUUAUCAUCGCGAGCUUUGAUGGCACAUUCCUCACGUCCGCACUUACAAAGGCUCCCGAUGGCGCAUGGUUUACGAUUGUGCUUGCGUGCCUGCUAGCCUGCAUAUUCAUCCUAUGGCGCUUUGGUAAAGAACAACAAUGGCUUACGGAAGCCAAAGAUCGUUUCCCAACUACGCACUUCAUCAAAACCAAUGGAGACGGCAGCAUGCAAUUGACCGAUGCAUUCGGCGGUCGAAGUCUAGCAUCUACGCAAGGCUUCGGUGUUUUCUUCGACAAAGUUGGCGAGACUACACCGAUUGUUUUCAGCCAAUUCAUCAGGAAGCUCAGCACCGUGCCUGAGGUCAUCGUCUUCUUCCAUCUACGGCCAAUCGAAACUCCCUCAGUGCCACUAGGGGAACGCUAUCAUGUCACACGUCUGGCUAUACCAAAUUGCUAUCGAUUAGUUGUUCGUCAUGGGUAUAUGGAUGAAGUAAUCACACCGGACCUUGCUGCUUUAAUCUACGAGAAAGUACGCCACCACGUAGUGAGUCGGGAUAUGAGCAAGAACCAACCUUCAUCCACCACAACGUCGAGAAAGCUUAGUAGAGAUCUGCUUGAUCGGGAGCAUACCCACACUGUGGACAAGGCGUCAACUGUGAAGGAUGCUGCAGAAGGCGAAGUCCAGAAUCUUUCUUUGAGCUCGCGAUCAAGACAGAACCCCACCCAGCCACCAUAUGCGGUCAAGACUUAUGCCAGGCUACAAGCACUGGAACGGGCUUUCAAGCACGAAGUUCUCUACAUCAUUGGAAAGGAGCAGAUGAAGAUCAAAUCAGGCACAAACAUGUGGAGAACGGUGCUUCUGAAGACCUUCCUCUUCUUGAGAGACAACACAAGGGCAAAGAUCGGAAGCUUGAGUGUGCCUAUGGACAAGGUCAUUGAGGUUGGGUUCGUGAAGGAAGUCUGA